GACAAGGUAGACGAUCCAAUUCGAUACAAAUCCGACUACCGCGCCAACGAGCAAUACAGACACAAAUCUAGACGAAGUCCCGACAGCAACAGUGAUUCUUCAAACGAAAGCAGCGGAUAUAGAAGCGGUUCAAGUGCUUACGAUUUCAGAUCUGAUAGGUCUUCUAAAAGCAAUUAUUAUUGUACGUCCUUGUACAAGAACGAUCAUUACAAAGACGUCAACAAAGAACUGUAUAAACCAGUCAAAAUACCUAAAGAAAAACGCUACAAGGUGCAAUUGUUCGAGGUCAACGACAACGAAAUAAAAAGUGCUCGCCUAAAAGGCUACCUUAGUGACACAGAGAAAGCUAAACUUAAAGCCGGGCCGACGCCAAAGAAAGCCGGAAUAAGGAAUUACACGCCUAAGAUCCUAUCUGAAGACGAGCAGAGAUUGAAGAUAGAGGGCUGGAUUUAGUUGGAGUGUAGCAUAAGUUGUAUAUAGUUAGUUAGUAGAUGAUUUUGGAAGGUGAGGAUGGAGGCGGCCGGAGCGCUCGCGAGCUUGGCGCCGUCGCCAAUCACCGUGCUGGGUCUGAUACCACUCCUGGCGCUUGGGAUCACGUACUUCAGAUACCAGCAAUACGAUCCGGAGUCAUAUAUCACGGACAUCAAUGCUAUAAUGCCGAUUUACGACUUUGUGAUAGUGGGCGGCGGGUCGGCGGGCGCGGUUGUUGCCUCGCGCCUGUCGGAGAUCGGCAACUGGACUGUAUUACUACUGGAAGCUGGACAGGAUGAGAGCGAAAUCUCCGACAUCCCCGCGCUGGCCGGAUACACGCAACUCUCCGAUAUGGACUGGAAGUUUCAGACGACGCCUUCAAAUAACCGCUCCUACUGUCUCGCCAUGAAUGGGGACCGCUGCAACUGGCCGCGUGGCAAAGUCCUCGGCGGCUGUAGCGUCCUAAAUGCCAUGGUAUACGUCAGAGGAAAUCGCAACGACUACGAUUUAUGGGAAGCGCUGGGUAAUCCCGGUUGGUCGUACGAUCAAGUUCUUCCAUACUUCUUAAAAUCAGAAGACAAUCGAAACCCAUAUCUCGCUGAAACACCCUACCAUUCCACCGGUGGUUACCUGACAGUUCAAGAAGCUCCGUGGCGCACGCCUCUAUCGGUAACUUUUCUCAAAGGCGGUAUGGAACUAGGCUACGAAUAUCGUGACAUAAACGGUGCGAAACAAACCGGUUUCAUGUUGACCCAAGCGACCAUGCGCCGUGGAAGCCGAUGUAGCACGGCUAAAGCAUUUCUCCGACCGGUCCGUCAACGGACUAAUCUGCACAUCGCUCUGGGAGCGCAGGUAACAAGGAUUUUAAUUAAUCCCGCUAAGAAGCAAGCUUACGGCGUCGAAUUCAUUAGAAAUGGUGAACGACAAAAGGUGCGCAUAAAGAGAGAGGUGAUAAUGUCCGCUGGUGCGUUGGCAACACCUAAGCUUCUGAUGCUAAGCGGCAUCGGGCCUGCAGAUCAUUUGCGAGAGCACGGAAUACCGCUGAUCGCUAAUCUAAAAGUCGGUCAUAAUUUGCAAGAUCACGUAGGUUUGGGUGGUUUAACAUUCGUCGUCAACAAACCGGUCACUUUCAAAAAGGACCGCUUCCAAACGUUCGCGGUUGCAAUGAACUACAUAUUAUACGAAAAAGGACCUAUGACGACACAAGGCGUGGAGGGGCUUGCUUUCGUAAAUACUAAGUACGCCCCACCGUCGGGCAACUGGCCUGAUAUACAAUUUCAUUUCGCCCCGAGUUCAGUGAACUCAGAUGGCGGUGAACAGAUCAGAAAAAUCUUAAAUUUACGUGAUAGGGUUUAUAACACUGUGUACAAACCUAUAGAAAACGCGGAGACUUGGACAAUACUGCCUUUAUUAUUGCGACCUAAGAGUUCGGGAUGGGUGAAACUUAAAAGCAGAAAUCCCUUCCAUCCACCAUCGAUAGAGCCCAAUUACUUCGCUUAUAAGGAAGAUAUUCAAGUUCUAACUGAGGGUAUAAAGAUAGCGUUUGCACUCUCUAAUACAACAGCAUUCCAGAAAUAUGGAUCUCGACCUCACACCAUUCCGAUGCCGGGGUGUUCGCACCUUACUCUCUUCAGCGACGAAUAUUGGGAAUGUAGUUUGAAACAUUUCACAUUUACGAUCUACCAUCCCACGGGCACAUGUAAGAUGGGGCCUACACACGAUCGAGAUGCAGUAGUUGACCCCAGAUUGAGAGUCCACGGUGUUGCCAAUUUACGUGUAGUCGACGCAAGUAUUAUGCCAACUAUUAUUAGUGGUAACCCUAACGCUCCCGUGAUUAUGAUAGGUGAAAAGGCAUCAGAUAUGAUCAAAGAAGACUGGCUCGUGUUAUGACCAAAUUGAAGUGUGAAAUAAGUGAGUCAAAGUUAAGAACUAUUUAUCUCUGAAUACUUGUAAGUUGUUGAUUGUAAACAAAUUUAUUUAAGUAUGUAAAUAUUAAAAAUUAGUGUCUAAAAUCGAUUCGAAGAUGUAUAGUCAUUUAGAGUUAACAUGACUAGACUUAUAGACAUUCGCUAGUGAUGAAUAUUUUUAAGUUAUACUGUAACACAAUUUAAUAUUUGUACAAAAUCUCUAAGAAUAUAUUUUUGUUAUUUAAAA